UCGUGAAAUCAUAUGAACAAGUAGUGAACAAGAUGUUUUUGUUAUUAUCAAUAUUAUUGAUUCUAUUUUUUUUAUUUAUUUACGGAAAAAGGAAUUUCAAUUAUUGGAAGAAAAAAGGGAUCAUACAUGACAAACCUUACCCAUUUGUAGGCAACAGCUUCAAGCAACUGAUUUUGAAGGUUAGCAUUACUGACUUUUUUCUAGAUAUUUAUAAAAGAUAUCCAAAUGAGAGAUUUGUCGGAGUGUACAUGGCAAAUAAGCCUGCAUUAUUAUUGAGAGAUCCAAAAGAUGUUCAAAGAGUUUUGGUAUCUGAUUUCCAUAGUUUCUAUUUAAGAGGUAUUAGAACAUACAACGAUGAACCAGAUCCAAUGAACAGACACCUGUUCGCUGCAGAUGGUGAUUUAUGGAAGCUACUAAGACAGCGUAUGACACCUGCUUUCACCACAGGAAAGCUCAAGGCCAUGUUUCCUUUGAUCAUUGAAAGAGCUGAGAAGUUACAGACACUUGCAACUGAUGCUGCAAAUAAAAACGAAGAGGUGGACAUAAAAGAUUUAAUAGCUAGAUACACCACAGAUUUCAUUGGAGCAUGUGGUUUUGGAAUUAACAUGGAUGCAUUGCAAGACAAAAAUUCUAUUUUUCGUCAACUCGGAUUAAGAAUAUUCAAAAAGGAAACGAAUGAUGUUAUAAGAACUAUCAUAAAAGUUUUGUUUCCAUCAUUGACGAGGAACAUACCAACAAUAGCGCCAGAAAUAAGAGAUAUGACUGUUAAUCUAGUUUCAACCAUUAUGAAGGAGCGGAACUAUGAACCUUCGGUUAGAAAUGACUUUAUAGAUCUUCUGUUAGAAGUUAAAAAGAAAGGGAACAUGGUCGGAGAAUCUAUAGAAAAAAAAAACCCUGAUGGCUCUCCUAUUAUCGUGGAACGAGAGCUAGAUGAUUUGUUAAUAGCUGCCCAAGUAUUCGUAUUCUUCGCAGCUGGUUUUGAAACAUCAUCUUCCACUUCUAGUUUUACUUUACAUCAGUUAGCUUUUAAUCCAGAUAAACAAGAGAAAUGUCAAGAGGAAAUUGACGAGGUAUUGAAAAAGUAUGAUGGAAAACUUUGUUAUGACUCGUUAACAGAAAUGAAAUAUUUGAAGAUGUGCUUCAAUGAAGCCAUGCGUAUAUAUCCUUCAGUUGGUGUUCUAUUAAGAAAAUCAGCCACUAAAUACACGUUCCCUGAUUCUGAUUUAACGAUAGAUGAAAAUAUUUCUAUCAUAAUUGUCAACCAGGGUAUGCAAAUGGAUAAAAGAUUCUUUGAUGAACCAGAAAAAUUUAUCCCCGAGAGAUUUAGCCCGGAUAACGCAAGUAACAUACCGAAUCACGUAUUUUUACCAUUUGGCGAAGGACCGCGAGCAUGUAUAGGAGAACGUUUAGGGCUAAUGCAGUCGUUGGCCGGCUUAGCUGUCAUUCUAAGCAAAUUCUCGGUUUCUCCAUCUAAGAAUUCGAAAAUAAAACCCAUUAAUGAUCCGCAUUCGGGUUUGGCGCAAACAGUAAAAGGCGGAAUUCCUUUACAAUUGAUCGCAAGGAAGAAGACUAAUUAAGUUUUA